AUGUUUUCUUCAUUUUCUUUUCUUCUAAUCUUAAUUUUUUUUUUCUCUUUUCAAUUCAUUUUUGUUUUUUUGAAACUUGUUCUCUCUUCAUUCUUCUUUUUCUCUCUUCUUUAUUUCUCUCUCUUUCUUCUUUUUUUCUCUUUCCUUUCUUUUUUUUUCUCUUUUUCUUUCUCUCUUUCUUUUUUUCUUUUUCUCUUCUUUCUUUUUUCUCUUUUCUCUCUUUUUUUUCUCUUUUUCUUUUCAAAUUUCUCUCUCUUUUUUCUUCUUUUCUUUUUCUCUAAAUUUUCUUUCUCUUUUCUUUUUCUUCUCUCUCUUUCUUUUAAAUUUUCUUUCUUCUUCCUCUCUUUCUUUCUUUCUCUUUUUCUCUUCUUUCUUUCUUUUUUUCUUUCUCUUUUUUUCUUUCUUUCUCUUUCUUCCUCUCUUUCUCUCUUUUUUUUUUUCUUUUUCUUUUUUUCUUUUCUCUUUUUUUUCUUUUUUUUUUCUUUUCUUUUUUUUUUUUCUUUUUUCUUUUCUUUUUCUCUUUUUCUUUUCUUUCUUUCUCUUUUCUUUUUCUUUUCUUUUUCUCUUUUUUCUUUUCUUUUCUCUUUUUUCUCUCUUUUUUUCUUUUCUCUUUUUUUUUCUUUCUUUUUUUCUUUUUCUCUUUUUUUCUUUUCUUUUUUCUUUUUUUCUCUUUUUUUUCUUUUCUCUUUCUCUUUUUUUCUCUUUUUUUUUCUUUCUUUUUCUUUCUCUCUUUUUUUUUUCUCUUUUUCUCUCUUUUUUUUUUUUUCUUUUUUUCUUUUCUCUUUUCUCUUUCUUUUUUUUUUUUUCUCUUUCUCUCUUUCUCUCUCUCUCUCUUUUCUUUCUCUCUCUCUUUUUUUUCUCUCUCUUUUUCUCUCUCUUUUUUUUCUCUCUAUUUCUCUUUCUUUUUCUCUCUUUCUUUUCUCUUUCUCUUUUUUUUCUCUCUCUCUUUUUUUUCUCUCUUUUUCUCUUUCUCUUUUCUUUCUUUUUUCUUUUUCUUUUUCUCUCUUUUUCUUUCUCUCUUUUCUCUUUUUCCCUUUAUUUAUUUAA